GUGGGUAUUCGUUUUGUAGGCACGUUUUCUAUCCAGCAUGGCAAGCAAGCACAAGAGGAAGUUGAAAGACUUGUCCGUAGAUGAGUUCCUGGUGUCUGGCUUUGACUCAGACGGAGACGACUCUGAUUCGGAUGGAGAAGAGCAUAUCCAACAGAAUGGCAAGAAGAAGAAAACUGACCCUCAGGAGACGAUCCCCAAGAAGAAAGGUAAGGCGACUGAGCACAAGGACCAGCUGGCUAGGCUUCAGGCAAAGGAUCCAGAAUUCUACAAGUUCCUGAAGGCCAAUGACCAGAAGCUGCUGAACUUUGACGACUCAGACAGCUCAGAGGAUGAGGAUGAGGAGAAGUAUCACACGCUACCCUCUGAACUAGAGGAGGCCAAAUCUGAUGAGGAAGAAGAUGUACCUGCCAAGUCGAAGAAAGCUGAAUCCAUCCCAGUCACAGAGAAGAUGAUCGCUGAGUGGAAAGCAGCUCUAAGAGCUGAACCCUCCCAACGACUCUUCAGAGAAGUCACUCAGGCUUUCAAAGGCGCUGUAGCAACAACGAAAGGCGAGAGUGAUGACCAGUGCCGAUACGUUGUGUCCGAUAGUGCAGUGUUCAAUUCGCUGGUGCUGUUCUGCAUAAGAGAUAUCCCAGUGGCUCUGCAGAGGAUGCUUGACCUCAAGUCACUUGAGAAACAAGACCAGAAGAAACUGAUAUUGCCAUCAUCCAGUAAGAGGUGGCAGAAGAACAUGCUUGACAUCAAAAUGUACCUUAGUGGUCUCAUUCAGCUCUUGUCCAGUCUAACUCAAGCCACAGUCAUUGCCGCUGUUCUCCGUCAUAUUCACCAGAUGGUGCCCUACUACCUGUGUCUGGCAAAACAGUGCCGAAUAUUACUGAAGCACCUGGUGAAGCAGUGGAGCACAGGAGAGGAGACUGUGAGGGUUCUGGCCUUCCUGGCCCUCAGCAAAAUCUGCCGUCACAAGCAGGAUGUCUACCUCAGUGUCGUUCUAAAGCAAAUGUACAUCGCCUACGUGCAGAACUGCAAGUUCACCUCCCCCACCAUCCUGCCCCUGAUCAGCUUCAUGCAGCGCACCCUGUCCGAGAUGUACGCGCUGGACACGCAAGUGUCCUACCAGCACGGGUUCAUCUACAUCCGCCAGCUGGCCAUCCACCUCAGGAACGCCAUGACUAUGAAGAAGAAGGAGACGUACCAGUCAGUGUAUAACUGGCAAUACGUGCACUGCCUGCACCUGUGGUGUCGUGUGCUGAGCACCCUCUACCCCAGCGAGAUCCUGGAGCCCCUCAUCUACCCGCUGUGCCAGGUCAUCCUGGGCUGCAUCAAACUGGUGCCCAUCGCACGCUACUACCCACUGCGACUGCACUGCGUGCGUGCCCUCACCCUCCUGUCCUCCAGCACCAGGACCUUUGUGCCCGUGCUGCCCUUCCUGCUGGAGAUCCUCCAGCAAGAAGACUUCAACAAGAAGCCAGGCCGCAUGAGCGCCAAGCCCAUAAACUUUGACGUGGUCUUGAAGCUGAGCAAGACCAACCUACAGGAGAAAGCCUUCAAGGACGGCCUGAUCGAGCAGAUCUACGACCUCAUGCUGGAGUACUUCCACACGCAGGCGUGCACCAUCGGCUUCCCUGAGCUGGCUCUCCCCACAGUCAUCCAGCUGAAGGCUUUCCUGAAGGAAUGCAAAGUGGCCAAUCACUGCAAGCCGAUCCGGCAGCUCCUGGAGAAGAUACAGGAGAACAGCAGCCACAUCACGAGCAGGAGGCAGCGAGCCGCGUUUGCCGUGGCCGACGGCACCGCCGUGACUGCCUGGGAGAAGCAGACGCGAGAGGAAGGCACCCCCCUCACCAAGUACUACAUCCAGUGGAAGAAGCUCCGCGAGAAGGAGGUCCAGAUGGAGAUCUCCGGCAAGGAGAGGAUGAUGGACCUGAACCUGCCUGAGAUCAAUCGCAAGCUGAUCAAGGAGAAGAAGAAGGACAAGAAGGAGUUCAAGGGCCUGUUCGAGUCGGACAGUGACGAUGACGGGACCGAGCCCGUGCUCAAAAUCAAAGAAAAAGCUGGGGAGGGUGAUUCAGAUGAGGACGAUGGGGAGCUGGAGGACCUGUCGGACCUUAGUGGUGAUGACGAUGAUGACGAUGAUUAUGGUGGAGAGGAAGACUCGGAUGAUGAUGACGAACCCUCAGGCUCGAAAGGGAAGGCACCCAAGAAACUGUCAAGCGUGGACCUGCAGGAGAUCGCCGAGGGAGACGAGGACGUGGUGGAGGACUUGGAGCUGUCUGACCAGGACUGAACAGCAGGACCGUAGCCCCAAAGGGACCAGAAUGUACUGGAUUGACCCUGAGGGGACAGGGAGGGGGGGGUGGCAGUGUCUCUCUCUCUCUCUCUCUCUCUUUCUCUCUCUCUCUCUCUCUCUCUCUCUCUCUCUCUCUCUCUCUCUCUCUCUCUCUCUCUCUCUCUCUCUCUCUCUCUCUCUCUCUCUCUCUCUCUGGAGGAUUCCUCCGAGUGUCCAGCUGUUGCACAGUGGAAACGCAGCCGGCUGAGAAGGCAAGGACUUUGUGUGUAACAAGACCAGAAAUUGUAUUAAACUGAUAUAACAUGCGAUAGCGAUGUUUUGUGUAUAAAUAUUCUGAGGUUCUUUUGUUAACUAUGUACAGUAUAUAAGAAUUUGGUUAUGUUAUCAUGAGAUCUACAUGUUCUCUUUUUUCCUGUUUGUCCCCCUACGCACGCACACAUACAUACAUACAUACAUACAUACAUACAUACACACACACACACACACACGGUUUGAUUUUUAUUUUUUAAGUAAAAAAAAACAACUAACUUACCUGUAUGGCUGUGUGUAUUCUUCCCCCCAAAAACCAACAGUACAUUUAGGAAAUGGCAAGGAAAUGGAUGGGUAGAUAAGAUUUAGAGGUUCAAAGUGGAUAUUGGUGGCCUGUUUUCUUAAUCAGUGAAAGGAUUUCCAUGGCAAGUUGAAAGAAGAGGCCAAAAAGUAUAAACAUUAUUUCUGGAAAUGUCAAACAUGGAAAAACAUAUAUGCGAAUAUGCUAGGGGAUAUUACCAUUACAAUGUGUCUGCUGAAUUUCUGUCCAAUUCUAAAUGGGUUGAUGCAAUCCCAAAUGUCUAAAAGAAUGCAUAAUGAAACGAUUUUGAGUAAUUUGUGUAUCUACUUUUAUUAGACAACAGAGAUUUUGCUUCCUAAAUACUUUGGGUGUAUUUAAUUGGCUGUUGAAUUGUUGGCUACAUAAAAGUCUAAUUUGCCAUUUUUUGAAA